AUGCAAAUAGAGAUGUUCACUACAAAAGACAAAAGAGAUGAUGAUGAGGAUAUUGAUAGUGAAUUUCACAAUGCAGAUAUUAUUAAUAAUUCAUCAAAUUUAUUUGAAAAUAGACAUUUGGAUUAUUGUGUUUCUGUGCCAGGAGAAUCAACUUGGAGUUUACACAAAGGAAAUAUUGACACAAGCUUAGAAGAAAUUUUAGAAUCUACAGUAAACCCUAAUUUGAAUAAUAGUGAUGAUGAAAAGAUGGGUAGUGAUGACAGGAUGGAUAAACAUACCGGAGAAGAAACCAGCGAGACUCUUGGUUUUCCAGUUGCAACUGUGGAAAGAACUAUUCAAGUUUAUGGAAAAUCUGAAGCAUCAAUAAGUAAACAGACCCAAAGCACUUGGUGA